AUGAUUUUCUCUCUUUUAUUCUCUGGUACUAAUGCUCUCUACAACGAGGAGUUCGUCGGAACAUGUAAUGCGCCGACAACGCUUGAUUUCCAAAAGCUCAAAUUCAUCCCAUGGCAAAUAGACUUUGAGUCUCCGUGGCUGAAAGUUUCGAACCCAGUUUCUCCAGAAGUCAACGAGUUUUACUUGGAUGAAGGCAUCCGAGAUGACAUGUGCUGGGGAAUGCGCUAUUCGAUAAUGAAUAACGUAAAGUUUCACUCAAGAAACUUGGGCGGGAAAUUUGACUUGUACAUCCCAAAAGAGAUUCCAGACUGGAUGAGUGUCCGUUGCACAUCAGAAGAAAAAGAACCGUGUACUUCCUUCGAAAUUCAAUACUGCUGCCCAUCCACAUUCGACAAUGAUGAGGAACUUGAAAAAGCUGAACGACCUUUCCCUGUCUUCAAUUACGAACAACAAGGGAGUUGUUCAGAUGGCGCCCUACAAUUCGAAAACGACGGGAGUUUCAUCGAUAUUGAUGACGACAGCGAGUUUUUAAGCCAUUGGUUUGAAGCAACCAACCCAAGCUCCCCAGAAGUAAAUGGUUUAUUUUUCAACCCAGGUACAAGGCGAGACAUCUGUCGCGGAAUCAGACUCAAAAACAUGGGAUACGAUUUUUCCUCCUAUCUUUUUGGGGGCGAAAAAAAUGUCACGAGCGCGACGCCAGAUUGGAUGACCGUCAGAUGUGGUGAUCCAAACUGCCAUACUUUCGAAGCGAAGUAUUGCUGCCCGGCAUUAGAAGAGCUCGACAGUAGCAUUGUCAGGCCUGAUAUUAAACUACACGAUUCAAUCAAAAAACUCGUCGAUACGAUUACCAAUGCUCCAGAAAUAAAGCGAGGCAGAUUCAAGAACAGAAUGACGCAAAAAUUGAAAACAAUCAAGGAUGUUUUGCUCGUCGAUUUUUGGAACAGAGCAAAAGAUUGUUUUGCUGAGUUUUCUGCUCCUAAAAAUCUUCUCGAAUCCGGAACAACAGAAGACGAGAUUCGCAAUUCAUUCACAGAGAUAAGGUCUUGGAUCGGGCAGUUCAACAGUCGCUGCGAUGACAAACCUUCCAAGUACGCAGAAAAAAUGAUUCAAAAAAUGACAAAAGAAGAGAAAAAGACGCUGAAAAGAAUAAGAAAAUGA